UUAUGCAAUAAGAAUCGACAAAUACGACAAAGACUAUAUUGUGCUGUUUUUGAUCGAACUAAUUGUUUAAUAACGCACCGAGGGAUCGCAUAAUUAACUUUACCUGGAGACUCCGAAAGGUAAAACUAUAAAAUAGUUUUUAUAUACGAAUUCGUUAAUGGUUCACCCUAAGGUCACAGUCUAGCCUAGGGCGGCCAGAUAUUUACAGAUAUUUCAGUUGGGGAAAAAGUUUCUUUGUAUUGUAUAUGAAAAUUAAAAACAUUGAAAAUCAAAAAAAUUACAGCCCCACCAACUUAUCUGUGAAAUGGAGAAAAUGGGAACUACGGCCGCCAUGUUGAAAUGUCAUUCGAUUGUCAGUGUCUACUACAUUCGGGUGCUCUGCGUUUUCUGUUGCGAUAUUUCUACAUUUUCAGCGUUUAAUAUGCCAAAAGCGAUUAAAAGUGAUGCGCGAAGCAUCAUUCUUAAGGUCAAAGCCUUUUUUGAAGAAGAAGCUCGGGUGGAGGCUCCGUUUAUUCCAUUUAAUCAAGUAUACAAACGAAUUUCGGCAGCUACAGGUUUGAGUCAAGGGCUAAUUUCAAAAAUAGUUAAAGAAGGGCAUGCAGCAGAAGAAGCUGGUACAAAAAUUCGGACCCCAGGCAAGGAGAGGAAACGUCAAAGUGGGUUUAUUCAUGUCGAUGAUUUUGACAUAGGAGUUAUCCGGAGGAAAGUACAUGAAUUUUAUUCUAUUAAAAAGGAGUUACCGACUGUUAAGAAGCUCCUAGAGGUUUUAAAAACAGAAAUAAAUUUAUUAUUAAAUAAAUAUUAAAUAUUAUUAAAUAUAUGUCAUGUCCUACAGGACACAUCUUGAGUGUCUAGAUAUUUGAGUUUUGUUUAAAUAGAGAAGCUAUUACUACACUCAGAAAAAAAAUGGUCGACAAAGGAACAAUAAAAUUAUUGUUACUAAUCUAUAGUCACAGAAGCAAAAUAUUUUAAUACACUAACAAAAUUAAUUUUGUUAAAUACUACAUGACUUUUAUUGUCAAAUAUUUAUUGUGAAUGCAGCAGGAAAAUCUACGUAAAAUAGCAAAGUUUAGAAGCUUUGUUAUCUUUACAAUGUUAACUAUGUUAGAGUGUUAACAUAUGCGUAUACAUGAUAACAACAUUACUUUUAAUAAAAUAAACAUUGUUGUAAUCUUUAUAAAUUGGGUUGCUGAUUUGACAAUAUACUUUAAACAAAACAAACGUUGUUAUAGUGUUUGUUUAUUGAGUCGCUAAUUUGACAAACCACGACACAAU